CGGCCGCUCGAACGUGUCCAGGUUGGCGGCCGGCAGCCCGGGCCCGGCCUGGAUGCGCGCGGGGCGGCGGGCGCGGGGGAGGCGCGGGGCGGCGCGCUGGGCCUGCGCCCCCGAGGGCGGCAGCCGCGGGGAGGAGGACCCGGAGGCGGGACGGAGGCGCGCGGAGGUCUGAAGGUGCCCUCCGGACGCGGCCCCGAUGACCGAGCUACAGCAAGAUGUGGACGACGCCAAGGCUGCCAAAGGGCUCGGGAAGAGGGAGAGCAAAGUGGGCUCAGCCCACUCAGAGGCUGAGAAUGGUGUGGAGGAGAAAAAGAAGGUCUGCAGGUCGCCCACAGCCCAGUCUCCCGCCCCGUCCAGCGAGGCCGAGUCCCCAGACCCGAAGAGAGCCAUCUGCCUGCGGUCAAAAUCCAGUUUCGAUGGUGUCUCUUUAGCGAGUGAUAAGAACGACUGCAAAACAGAAAGCAAAAAUGACUCUAAGAUUGAGAGGAAAAAGUCUUCGUCUUCCAGCCAGUACAAGGCAAAUUUGCACUUCCACAAGCUGUUUCUUGAAGUCCCGACUGAAGAACCACUGAGGCAAAGCUUUACCUGUGCUCUGCAGAAAGAAAUUUUAUACCAAGGGAAGCUCUUUGUAUCAGAAAACUGGAUUUGCUUUCAUUCCAAGGUCUUUGGAAAAGACACUAAGAUCUCUAUUCCGGCUUUCUCCGUAACCCUGAUAAAGAAAACCAAAACUGCCCUUCUGGUGCCAAAUGCCCUGAUUAUAGCGACGGUCACAGACAGGUACAUAUUUGUCUCCCUCCUCUCCAGAGAUUCCACUUAUAAACUACUCAAAUCCGUGUGUGGACACUUAGAUAAUACAAGUGUUGGUAACAGUCCCAACCCGUCUUCUCUUGAAAACAGUUUCCGGGCAGACCGCUUCCGGGCAGACCGCCCUUCAUCUCUGCCUCUGGAUUUCAAUGACGAGUUCUCAGAUCUGGAUGGAGUGGUUCAACAAAGGAGGCAAGACCUGGGAGGCUACAGCAGCUCCGGCUCGCAGACACCCGAGUCCGAGAACUCCAGAGAUUUCCACGUGUCGGAAUCCCAGACAGUCCUCAGUGUCUCCAAGGGAGAAGCAAAGCCAACGAGGGCAGAUGCCCAGCUGAACAGAGCACCUGAAGGCAAAGCCAAGAGUCUCCCUGCACACGGUCAGUCAGAAUCCAUUGGAAUCUUACACAAAGUGAAGUCUCAGAAUCGUCCGACUCUCCGCCAUAUUCUUAUAUUCUAUGCAGUUGUUGUCUGUGCGCUAAUCCUCUCGACCUUCUACAUGAGAUACAGAAUUAACACCCUGGAGGAGCAGCUGGGGUCACUGACCUCCAUGAUGGACACCCAUCAUGCUGAACAGGCCGCGCCGUCCAGCCUGGGGUCACAGGUGCAGUUAAACGCAGAGGUCCUCUGCCGAGAGCUCACCGCGAACAUCGUGAAACUGGAAAAGGAGACAAGGCCAGGACGUCGGCAGGCCUGGAAUCGGAAGCAGAUACAGAACAACUUACAGAAAUUGCUUGAGAAUGGCGACUGACAGACCGGACUGCUUGGGCCAACGUGAUACCUCGCGCUUCCCUUUGAAGAAGGUGCUCCGUAGGCGCCCGGCGAGCGCUCCCUGCUGGCCGGAGGAGCGAGCGGAGAGGCACCCCGCCACGGUCGCACUUGGAGGUCUCCAGCUCAGGAAAGGGGGGGAGGGGGAAUAAUCCUGGUUCCUGUGCAAUAAAAGUUGACCUUGACUCUCUGAGGAAGUGUUCCGUGUUGCUGCCUGAAGGAGCCAGCCCCAUCUCGGGAGGACCUGGUGGACACUCUUAAACGACUGUGGUUCGGUGGCCAUCGUGACUGUGUCAGCAAACACUCCACAACGUGCCUUGUCAGUCCCUCCCACCCUCUGCACCGCAGCCUUCCAGCUGAGGGAUAGAUCAUGUGCCAACAGCCCAGAGGCGGCCCUCUGAAGAUUUAGCCAUAACUCUCCGGGAGGCCAUAAGGAGCUCUAAUGGACAGGCUUGCUUCAAAGAAAUGACCCCAGCAUUUUGUCUUUUUUUUUUUUUCUUCUACUCUUAUGUUCUGGUUUAAAUCAUCUGUGUAUCUUAACUUCUCAAUUGAAUACUGGCAAAAAUAUUGGGCAAAGCAAAUAAACCAUCCCGUUUACAUUUCUGUUUUGUCCCUCUAAUGUGUAAUUGAACUGAUUCUCACCCGCCCCAAGUCAAGAAUCUGUGAGACCUGGGACUGAAGUACUAAAUAAACUUACUCGAAACCAAAACUAAUCUUUAAACCAAAAAAUAUAAUGUGAUUUGAUACACGAUGAAAAACAUGGAAAUUUUAAGAUUAUAGGUGGACUAUGUUACUUUUGAAAAAAGGAUGUCUGUAUUGAAUGUUGAAACCCAUUUCAGCAUAGCGACAGCAUGCUUUUGUGCUUUUGCUGACUAAGGUAAAGAAAUAACCGGUGGUUUGAUAACUUCUAUUUACCAUAGGGUUGCCUGGUUUUUAUUAAUAAUUAUUUAGGUACCGUAAGAUCUGUAAUAUGAAAGGUAUUCCGUUUCUGUCUGCAAUGCAUUUUAUAAUCAUUUCUAUGAAAUGUAUUUUAUUUAAUCAGAUAAGCUAAUAAGUGAAUUGGUUACAUCAUUUGUGUCUGUUAGCCUACUGGACAAGAAUUGUGCCUGGUGCACCCUGGCUUUUAAUAAAUACUCAUUGGUGAAAACA